AUGAAAGCAUGUUUAAUAGCGUUUUUAUACAUGUGUUUGUUGAUAAAGUGUGGGAGGGUGAAGAGAGUGAUCGGAGGUACUGCAGUAGAAUGUGGUAAACAACCUGAUGUAGCUUCGUUACGAAACUCGAGCAAUCUAAAACAUUUAUGUGGGGCCACUGUCAUAUCACCGCGUUUUGCUCUAACUGCAGCCCAUUGUGUGACAUCCAAAGCCGAUGAAUACGUACUGAAACUGAAUAAUGUUUGCGUUAAAGACCAUGACAUAGCCCCGUCAGCCACAAUUUUGGAAAUAAUUAUAAAUCAAUCAUAUGAUCCAGUCACGAGAGCGCACGACAUAGCCAUUUUGCGGUUUGCUGUUCUUGAUGACAUAACCUGGCUUAAACAUACAUUACCAAGAUCCUCCUUCGGUUUAUCAGGUGAAUGUGCAGUAUAUGGAUACGGUUAUCGAGACGUUCGAACAAAGGAAACUUCAGAGAUAUUGUUGGCCGGCACGUUGAGAAUAAUAUCAUUAGAUGAAUGUGAGAGGAGACUUGGUCCAUUCGUGACUCCAAAAUACGACCACGGCAUGUUGUGCGCUACUGGUGAUGGCAUCGACGCUUGCCAGGGCGACUCUGGCAGUCCUUUGAUUUGUGCUGGAGGUACAGUAGAGGGCAUCAGUAGCUACGGAAUGAGCUGUGCAGUGCCUGGUAUUCCCGGAGUUUACACAAGCGUGGGAUUUCAUUUGGAGUGGAUUCGAAAAGUUAUAAAAGAUGAGUGGAAUUAA